UUCAUAGUCACGGUAACCUGUCAAAGAAGAGCUAAGUGAGCUUUCAGGUUUGGUUUCUUGGAGGCUGCUUCUCCUUUACGUGGAAGUCUUUGCCCGUGAUGGACUCAUACGUGAUUCAGACGAAUGGCAAUAGCGCCCUCCCCUCAGUUCUGGAUGUGCAUGUCAGCAUCGGCGGGAGAAGCGCCAUGCUGGGAAAAAUGAAAGGCAGGAAGGCCAGAUGGUCCGUGAAGCCCUCAGACAUGUCCAACAAAACUUUCAAUCCCAUUCGGGCCAUCGUGGACAGCAUGAAGGUGAAGCCAAAUCCAAACAAAACCAUUAUUUCUCUGUCAAUUGGGGACCCUACUGUGUUUGGAAACCUGCCGACAGAUCCUGAAGUUACCCAAGCAAUGAAAGAUGCCUUGGACUCAGGGAAAUAUAACGGCUAUGCCCCAUCCAUUGGGUACCUAUCCAGUCGAGAGGAGAUUGCUUCUUAUUACCACUCUCCCGAAGCACCCCUGGAAGCCAAGGAUGUCAUUCUGACAAGUGGCUGCAGUCAGGCUAUUGAACUUUGUUUAGCUGUGUUGGCCAACCCAGGGCAAAAUAUCCUGGUUCCGAGACCCGGUUUCUCUCUCUAUAGGACUUUGGCUGAAUCUAUGGGAAUUGAAGUCAAACUCUACAAUUUGUUGCCAGAGAAGUCUUGGGAAGUUGACCUGAAACAACUGGAAUCUCUGAUUGAUGAAAAGACAGCUUGCCUCAUUGUCAAUAAUCCAUCCAACCCCUGUGGGUCAGUGUUCAGUAAAAGUCAUCUUCAGAAAAUUCUGGCAGUGGCUGCAAGGCAGUGUGUCCCCAUCUUAGCUGAUGAAAUCUAUGGAGACAUGGUGUUUUCGGAUUGCAAAUAUGAACCACUGGCCACCCUCAGCACCAACGUCCCCAUCCUGUCCUGUGGAGGGCUGGCUAAGCGCUGGCUAGUUCCUGGUUGGAGGAUGGGCUGGAUCCUCAUCCAUGACCGAAGAGACAUUUUUGGUAACGAGAUCCGAGAUGGGCUGGUGAAACUGAGUCAGAGGAUCUUGGGACCCUGCACUAUUGUCCAGGGAGCUCUGAAAAACAUCCUGCAUCGCACCCCUCAAGAGUUCUACCACAACACUCUAAGCUUUCUCAAGUCUAAUUCUGAUCUCUGCUAUGGGGCAUUGGCCGCCAUACCUGGACUCAGGCCAGUCCGCCCUUCUGGAGCCAUGUACCUCAUGGUUGGAAUUGAGAUGGAACAUUUCCCAGAAUUUGCAAACGAUGUGGAGUUCACUGAGCGGUUAGUUGCUGAGCAAUCUGUCCACUGCCUCCCAGCAACGUGUUUUGAGUACCCAAAUUUCUUCCGAGUGGUCAUCACAGUCCCUGAGGUGAUGAUGUUGGAAGCUUGCAGCCGGAUCCAGGAGUUCUGUGAGCAGCACUACCACUGUGCUGAAGGGAGCCAGGAGGAGUGUGAUAAAUAGUUCUGCAUCUGUUCUCCUGAGGAUGGGUCCCACCAGGGAAGGGCUAGACAGGGCCUUGCUGCUCUUUAGAGAGUCAGGUGGCCCUACUGGGUGAGGGGGCCUUAAUUAAAAGCAUCAUGUCAAGGGUUCAGGAUUGCUCUUGCUUCCCCCAGCUACAACCACAUACACAAUCCCAGACUCUCCUCUCCCUCUGCUCUGCUGGAGUGCCUCACUAAUUCAUUAAUCUGCCCCCCUACCAUGACUCCCUCCUUUGCUCCUGAAAGAACCAGGUGAACAGAGUUUAUCAGAAAGCAGUUGAGACAACAAAAUAAGAGCUCAGGAUAAGAGGAACAAAAGAGUGAAAGAACUUGUGCCCUCCACCAGCCCCGGCCAUUUCCUCGUACUCUAAGAACAUACAUUCUCCAGUCAGGCCUGAAGCCCAAGUCACCGCCUCUCUUCAGGGUAUACCUCCCUUUAUGCAAUAGAAUCAUAAACAGAAAGAAGUUGGGGACAUGUGCCCUUGGUUAAUUACGUUCUAAACAUAUCAGGAAAAGUUGCUGUUUUAAGGAUCCCUGACAGAAACCUUUCCAUUGAUUUCUUUUGUAAAGAAUUAUUUUGUGAUGCUAAUAAAUAUCCUUUAAUUG